AUGGUUGUUAAAUCCCGAUAUACAAUCGAUAUACCACAAUGCAGUCUCCCAACCCUCAUUUUUGGAUCCCCGCGUGAGCCGCUACCAAACGACAAGCCCAGUCUGAUAGAUCAUCUCAAGCCCGAAACCAGAUUUCUAACUCUCCACACAUACCGACUAUGGUCUCAACGUUUCGCGGCUGGCCUACGUGCUGAAGGUCUAAAAAAGGGAGAUCGGGUUGUCGUGUUUAGUACAAACCACUUAUUCUAUCCAAUUCUUUUCUCGGGUGUGAUCAUGGCUGGCGGUAUUUUUAGUGGCUGCAACCCGACAUAUUCAUCGCAGGAAUUGGCACAUCAGAUACGAGACAGCGAACCGACUUUUAUAUUCAGUCAAGGUGGCACUGCGCUACAAACCUGUCUGGAGGCGACCAAAAUUGUCGGACGCGGACUUGAGAAGCGUACAUUUGUCGCUGAUGAUCGUAUUUUUGACUCGUUAAAUCAAGUCGGCGAACAGGGCCGUCCGUACUGGAGUACAUUCUUCGUGUCCGAAGCCGAGGGCCAACAAUUCGUAUGGGAUCCAUUAACAGGUCCCAACGAAGCCAAAAAUACCAUUCUAGCUCUGAAUUACUCCUCGGGCACCACCGGUCUGAGCAAAGGUGUUGAAAUCACUCAUAGGAAUUAUGUCUCGAACGUCAAGCAGUACAUCCACACAAUUACCUUAGACCCGGUUCUCGAUGCAGAACGUAAACGCACAGACACGCAUCUCUGUUUCUUGCCUCUAUACCAUGCCAUGGGGCAGAUGCUGAACUUAGGCGUUGCCAUGUUCCGGCGUUCCCCCGUCUAUAUCAUGGAGAAAUUCGAUUUCUUGACCGUGCUGCAGAAUGUUGAAAAAUUCCGUAUAACGGAUCUCAUUGUCGUUCCACCUGUUGUAGUUAUGUUGGCAAAACACCCCGAAACGAAGAAUUUUGAUCUCAGUUCUAUUCAGCGCGUCGGAUCAGGUGCGGCUCCAUUGAGUCGUGAAGUUUCCGAGGAAACUGAAAAUUUGUGGCCGAAGGGAGUUAUUAAUAUUAAGCAGGGAUGGGGAAUGACUGAAGUGACAUGCUCAUUGCUAGGCUGGGAACCCGAUAAAAUAAGCACGAGCCACAGUGUAGGCUGGCCGAAUGCGAAUUCCGAGGCGAAAAUCAUGUCUUUGCCCGACGAAACAGCCGAUUCCAAUGAUUUUAGUACUCUCAAAGAGCUCGGUCCUAAUCAAUCCGGCGAACUUUGGGUAAGAGGUCCACAAGUCAUGAAGGGUUAUUGGAGGAACCCCAAGGCCACAGCAGAAACCCUGACACCAGAUGGAUGGCUGCGUACAGGCGACAUCGCGUAUUACGAUGAAGAAGAAAAGUUUUUCAUUUCUGGAAGACUAAAGGAACUUAUCAAGGUCAAGGGGUUGCAAGUUGCGCCAGCAGAGUUGGACGGAGUCUGUCUUGAAAGCGAGGGGGUCGCAGAUGCAGCUGUAGUUGGUGUGACGAUAGGCAACCAGGAGCAUCCUCGUGCAUAUAUUGUAUUACAACACGGCGUUCCGGCGACCAAGAACACUGCUGAGCGAAUAGCACAUCAAGUCAAUGCAAAGUUAUCGCAGCACAAACGAAUAACGGGGGGCAUAGUGUUUGCUGAUUCUCUGCCGAAGAACCCAAGUGGAAAGAUUUUGAGGCGCCUGUUGAGAGAUCAGGCCCAGAAGGAAGUACAGGCGGAGCAGACUAAUAAGAAAGUCAAAGCUUCAUUAUGA